AUGGUCUCCCUGUCAACCGUCAACGACUCAAACGCGAGGAUCGCAACCGGUCUGCCCACGGGGAUGGUGGCCGUAUUCGUCGGUGCCACGAGCGGCAUAGGCGAAUAUACCCUCAAGACCUUUGCGCAGCAAACUAAGGAGCCCACGAUUUACCUCGUGGGUCGAUCUGACACCGCAGCAACACGUAUUGUUGCCGAGUGCGAGGAGAUCAAUCCCGGCGGGAAAUACGUCUUCAUCAAGUCCGACGUCAGUUUGUUGAAAAAUGUGGACAAUGUAUGUGAGCAGAUUUUGUCCAAGGAGGAGUCUAUCAAUCUUCUAUUCCAGACUCAGGGCACCAUGGUUUUGGAUAAGACUUCAGAGGGCCUCCCAAUUGCAUACGUCCUCCCAGUAACAUCCCGCAUCCUCUUCACCAUCAACCUCCUCCCCGCCCUUCAAAAAGCAAAAUCGCUCCGACGCGUCGUCUCCGUCCUUGCAGGCGGCUUUGAAGGCUACUUCGAUCACACGUCGUGGGUCGAAUUCCCAGUCAAGAAUCUUACAAAGUCCCGAGGCCAUCUUGCAUCAAUGGUCACCAUGGCAAACAACGUAAUGGCCCGACAAGCCCCCAACGUCUCAUUCAUUCACAUCUUUCCCGGAGGAGUCAGAACCGGCUUUGGAAAGGAUGCGAAAGGUGGCAUGGCUAUGGUGAGAAUGAUGUACAAUUUCUUUGGUUUCUUUUUUAUCAAGCAUCUUCCUCCAGAUGAAUGUGGAGCGCGACAAUUGUAUUGCGCUACAAGCGCUCGGUUUCCCCCUGCUGCUGCUACUGCCAUGGAUCAUGGAGAUGAUGGUGGAGUGUCUCUUUCAGACCAUGUCACCGUUGCUAGAGGUACGGAUGGUAAGCCCGGCAGUGGUAGCUACACGAUCAACUUUGACGCUGAGAAUGUGUCUCUCGAAGUGGACAAGCAUUUGGCUCAGGCUCGGGCAGAUGGGAUGGAGGAGAAAUUGUGGGAGCACGUAUUGCAGGAGAUUGAACAGGCUACAGGGAAAGCUCGUUGA